AUGGGGUCUUCAGGUUACUACCCUUACGAUCCCAGCAAGACAGGGGCGACUAUUGCAAUGCUGCUGUUUGGAGCAAGUGCAUUUUUUCACCUCUGGCAGUUGAUUAAGACAAGAACGUGGUUUUUUUCCGCUUUCCUCAUCGGUGGUUUCAUGAUGACGCUGGGCUACAUCUUCCGGUUGAUCUCAGCGAGGAACCCCGAGAGCCUUGUCCCCUACAUCUGCCAGUCCAUGUUCAUCAUUCUCCCGCCAUCGCUCUAUGCCGCGACAAUUUAUAUGAUUUACGGUCGACUUGUCAUGUUUGUCGAUAAACCUCAACUUUCCAUUGUUGCACCCCAGAAAGUGACCAAGGUCUUUGUAUGGGGCGAUACCAUCGCUUUCCUUCUGCAGCUAGGAGGCGGCGGCAUGCAGACUAUCAACAGUAUGCGCAACGUCGGUCAGAAGGUCCUUGUUGUUGGGCUCAUUAUUCAACUGAUAUUUUUCGGGUUCUUCCUCUACGUAUCUGUGACCUUCCAGAUUCGGUUACGCAGGACUGGUCUCAACCUGAUAAGUGGCCCUUGGCGCCGUCUUCUUCAAAUCUUAUUCCUUGUAUCCGCACUAAUCAUCGGGCGGUGUGUGUUUCGCAUUAUCGAAUAUGUUGAGGGGACAGAUGGAUAUCUGUCUUCGCAUGAGGUUUACAUGUACAUUUUCGAUGCGAUUCCGAUGUUCUUUGUGCAGGCGAUCUUCCACUUCUUUCAUCCGGGAAAGAUUCUCGUGGGCAAAAGUCCUGCCGUUGACGACUAUGUGAGCUUGCAGGACGCGUGA